GCAUUUUUUCAUCACUAAUCACAAAUGCCACACGAUAAAUACAAGCAAAGCGGCUAAAUAAAUUAAUAGACGACAAAAAUAUAAAAAUAAAAAUAAAAAUUGGAAUUACAGUCCGAUGAGCCUUAACAUCGACAUGUCAGAAAUUAUUGAAUUCGUAAUGCCCUCGAAAUCGGAAUACUCUGAACAGAAUAAUGACGGUGGCGGUGGUGGUGGUGGCGGCGACGACGACGAUGCUGAUGCCGAUGGCAAUAAUCACUAUGUGGUCCUGGAUUCUGUGGAUGUGGGAAGAGACUUCAAAAAUGAGGAAUUUUUGUUGGUUAACGAUGAUGGCACCGAAGGCCAAUUGCUAAUUGACAAUGCGCAUUUGCGUCAACAGCUGGUCAAUUGUACAGAUCUCCUACGCGUGCCAAAAGAUGAACAAUUCGACAAUGUGCAGUAUAUGGGGGAGGAACAGCUACCGGAAGAUCUAGAUGAUCUGGUCGAAGAGGAGGAGGAGGAAAAUGAUGGACCGAUGCCAGUCGAGGAGCAAUUCGAACAUUAUGAACAAUACCAAGACGAUGUCUACGUUCAGGAUCAGCAGAACUUCGACUGGAGCUACGUACAGACACUCUCACCCAUAUCAGAAUCAAUGGCAAUUGAGCUGGAGUCCACAACCACAACGACGACGACAACAACUACAGCACUGUCAUCAGCUCCGAGCCGUAAUAAAUCGAAGUCAAAUUCACAGAGCUUGGUUCGCAACAAUUUGGUAGUUGGCAGCGACGCCUUUGAGAAAAUAAGAGAUGUAGUAGAUGUACAGGAGAUCGAGGAGCCAGUACCAUUGGCUAAGCCUAGUGAAAAGAUGCUGGAUCUGUUCAAGGGACCCCGCCGAUACAUGCUAUUCGAUGAGCUAAUUGCCACCAUCGUAGACUUUGAUGAAGAUGGCACCCCCAUUGUUGAGUUCUCUAUGAUUGGUAGUGUGCACGAUGAGAAGCUGCCGGUGGAGUGUGGCAUCUGUCCCGAUGUCAUGCACAAGUCCAAGCUGUCCAAACACCAAAAGACGCACAUGGUACCUGGCACCAAUCGCUACGCCUGCAUCUACUGCACUGAAACCUAUCGAGAUUGCAAAUACUUAGCCGGCCAUGCCCGGCGUCACAUGGGUAUCAGACCCUAUGUCUGCGAGCCCUGUAAGCUAUAUUUUUCCACCAAGCAGGAUCUGCACGUCCACAACCAGCGACGACAUCUGAAGAAGGAGCACAUUUGCGAGAUGUGCGGCAAGACUUUCGCACAGAACACCCAAUUGAAACGCCAUCGUGAGGCGACACAUGAGAAGAAGCGACGAUUUAAGUGCGAACACUGCCAGAAGGCCUACUAUAAGAAUUUCUCGCUGCAGGAGCACAUUCGCAACGUGCACAUGGGCAAGCGGCGGAUGCUCAAGUGCCCCUUUUGUGGCAUGCAAUGCCGAGAUGCUCACAAGAUGGCGCGACAUCGUAAGGAGAUGCAUCUGAAUCAGGAUACAUAUGUGUGUCAUCUCUGCCAGGAGGAGUUCACCGAUAUCAACUACUUCGACGCGCACAAACGUUCCAUACAGUGCCGGAGCAAUACCCGUCGACUCGUCAACGAGGUUGAGGGUCGCACAACAAACGAGGAUGGCGACGGUUUGGACGAUUGCAAUGAGCUGGUGGGCAUGCUGGAGGAGGAAUACGACGAGGACGCUGGUUUGCUUGUUGAAUCAACAGAGGCUAACGGUAUGGAUGGCGUCAUUGGCGAUGCCGAGGAAGAUCAGACACGCGACGAUGAAGCCAUCUACGAAACGGUCAACGGCAACUUCCUACACGACGAGGUGGACGAUGAGCAGCCGUAUGCACAGCAAUACGAUCAAAGCAGCUACGACGAUGAUGGUUUACUGGUUGAGCAAGUGGCCGACGAUGAAGAGGAUCGCUCUGAGGAACUUCUGAACGACGAUGAAGAGUAUCUAGAUCCAGCUCUCGAUCAUCAAGCUCAACAGCAGCACCAGCAACAGGUUGGCCACGAAUAUAACGAAGACGAGUUAAUUUAUGAAAUCACAUUGGAGACUGAGGAUAACUGAGCCUGAGCUAGCCAGUCAGUCAGGCAGCCAGGCCCAUUCCCCUUCCCUCCUCCCCGAGUCCAAUCCUUGGCAGAACAUAUUGUAAAUAGAGAGAAAAAUAGACACAUACAUACGGAUCUUUGCGUGUGUGUGUGUAUGUGUGUGUGUGUGUACUUUAAACAAUUCCACAACCAUGAUUGUGUAUUAUGAUCCAAUAAAGCGCAU